CUGAUCCUGGCAGCCCUGGUGAUCGGCAUCAACGGCCUCUUCUCGGUCUGGCUGCGGCUGGGCCUGCACGGCAAGCUGGCGGUGGCGACGGUCAGGUGCAUUGCCCAGCUGUCUGUUCUGGGCUACAUCCUCGUCCCCAUCUUUAGAAUCAACCACUGGUGGCUCACCCUGCUCUACACUCUCUUCAUGCUGGCGGUGGCGGCGGUGGAGGCCGUGUCACGCCCCACCCAGACCUACCCUGGCAUGCUGCUUCAGGCAAUGCCGCCGCAUGCGGGCCCUGCCCGGCAUGGCUGCCUCUACGGCCUGGCACUGGUGGUACGGGUGUCUCCCUGGUACGACCCGCAGUACCUCAUCCCCAUGAUGGGCAUGCUGCUGGGCAACGCCUGCUCCGGGGUGGCUGUGGGGCUGUCCACUAUCCUGGAUGAGCUUUCCUCUGGGAGGGACAAGGUGGAGUUUUUGCUGGCUAUGGGGGCCACCCGCAUGGAGGCGACGCGCGAGGUGGUGCAGCGCGCCAGCCGCAUGGCCCUCACCCCGCUGCUCAACACGAUGAAUGUGGUGGGCAUCGUGUCGAUUCCGGGCAUGAUGACGGGGCAGAUCCUGGGCGGCUCCGACCCCGCCAAGGCCGCCCGCUACCAAAUCAUAAUCAUGUUCCUGAUCGGCGCCGCCACCGGGCUC